UCUGAUUACACACCCAACCAUGGGCGGCAGGCUGCUUGCUUCUUCCCAGCCGGAGCCCUCGCUGUCGGAUAUCGCGACCUCGGCGGCGCACGGGGAGGAUUCGCCCUACUUCGCGGGGUGGAGAGCCUACGACGAGGAUCCCUACGACCCCGUCACCAACCCCUCCGGUGUCAUCCAGAUGGGCCUUGCCGAGAACCAGGUGUCCUUUGAUCUCCUGGAGGCGUACCUCAGGAAGCACCCCGAGGCGUCUGACUGCGGCGUCGGGUUCCGAGAGAACGCCCUGUUCCAGGACUACCAUGGGCUCAAAUCGUUCAGGAUGGCAAUGGCGAGCUUCAUGGAGACGGUAAGGGGAGGCAAGGCGAGGUUUGACCCGGACCGCAUCGUGCUCACUGCCGGCGCCACGGCCGCCAACGAGCUCCUUACGUUCAUCCUGGCCAACCCCAGCGACGCCCUCCUCGUCCCUACUCCGUACUACCCAGGGUUUGACAGGGACCUGAGGUGGAGGACCGGCGUGAACAUCGUGCCGGUGCACUGCGGCAGCGACACCGGGUUCCAGGUCACCGCCGGCGCGCUCCAGGCCGCGUACGACGAGGCCGUGGCCUCAGGGGUGCGCGUCCGCGGCGUCGUCCUGACGAACCCUUCCAACCCGCUGGGCACGACGAUCGAGAGGGCCGUCCUGGAGGACAUCGUCGACUUCGUGGCGCGCAACGACAUCCACCUCAUCUCCGACGAGAUCUACUCCGGCUCCGUCUUCGCGGCGCCGGAGCUGGUCAGCGUGGCGGAGGUCAUCGAGGGCCGCGUCCGCCGCGGCGACGGCCGCGGCGUCGCGGCGCGCGUGCACGUCGUGUACAGCCUCUCCAAGGACCUUGGGCUCCCGGGGUUCCGCGUCGGCGUGGUGUACUCGUACAACGACGCCGUGGUGGCCGCGGCCCGGCGCAUGUCGAGCUUCACGCUGGUCUCGUCGCAGACGCAGCGCACGCUCGCCGCGAUGCUCUCGGACGCCGCCUUCGCCGCGGCGUACGUCCGCGCCAACCGGGCCCGCCUCCGGGAGCGGCGGGACCACAUGGCGGCCGGGCUCGCGCGCGCCGGCCUCGCAUGCCUGCGCGGCAACGCGGGGCUGUUCGUGUGGGUGGACAUGCGGCCGCUGCUGGACGAGGCGACGGUAGCAGGGGAGCUGAGGCUGUGGCUGCAGGUGGUCGCCGAGGCGAAGCUCAACAUCUCGCCGGGAUCAUCGUGCCAUUGCUCGGAGCCAGGGUGGUUCAGGGUGUGCUUCGCCAACAUGAGCUUGGAGACUCUCGAUGCUGCACUCCAACGACUGAGCUGCUUCACGGAGAGAUGGAACAAGUCCAUACAAAAUUAAAGCUGGAAAAUGUUUCUUUUUCCUUGCCAUCCUUUUGGGUGACAAGAUUGAUCAGAGAUGUGCAUGAGCGUGGCCGGACUCCGGGAGGAGAUGAGAAGAUUGCUGCAGAGUAACCCUUUUGAUGGUGGUAACAUCAGUUUUGUAACAAUUUGUGUCCUCGACCGCUUUUCUUACUUUUCUGUAAUUUGUUUCUUGUAUGAAGUGCAUACAAGGAGUAUAUAUGUAUACUUCUAU